AUGGCUAGCCAGGACCUCAAUCAGAGCGACGGUGGAUACGCCGCGGAGUCUAAACGCGAUGAGGCUCAGUCACUGGUGUCGACAAAGCGCGUCCGCGGUGCUCACAUGGAGAUGAUGGCUGUUGAGUUUGGCCAGCUGUCGGCUUCGAAGGCCUCCCCGAUGCCUUUUGAGUGUUACAACUUGUAUCGUCGCGAAUUCGUAACAAACCCACUCAGUACCGUGACCCUUGUUGCUAAGCUGGGUGACGAGAGCGCUACUUGUACUCUACCCAGGGAGUCCGCCGGAGUCUUGUCGAGGAAGUUCAGAACCCAGGUCGAAGAUCCACAGAACACCGACUCCGUUGUCACUAUGGAUGGCUACGAGUACAUCGUGGUUGAGAUGAUAGUACAAUACAUCCUCGACGCCGACUACCAUCUAGACGACACCCAAGAGCUAGCAAACUACAAGUUGACGCACCUCAAGAAAGCUCAGCUCGGUACCGGAGACGACAGUAUCACCGUACGGGUAGAAGAGACACCAACAGAACUUCACCUCAAGGUCUAUGUUUGCGCGAAGAGGAUGGAGAUUUCGCAGCUCCAAGCCCCGGCUGCUAAGAAGUUCUGGACGACUCUCCGCAAGGACCGACCUACCGCCGAGGAGUUGGUUAACAUGGUGGAGAAAUACAAGCUUUACGACCCGUCGGAGAACACCAAAGAAGAGAUCCUACACGCGAUCGCGACUUAUGGAGCAAUGCGGCGUUCUGUGUGGCUGCAAGAAGACGAUACGAAGUACCUUGACCUUCUCGGGACACCACGAUAUGCGAUAUACGAGGCAAGGGCCGAGCGAGACUUGGAAGGAUACAAGCUCGAACAUGAUAUCCCGGAGCGCAUAAUCGCCCCCGACCCCACAAGCCGACACCAAGCGAGCAGGAAGCGACUGUUGACUGAUUCUACUCCUGACACGCGCUCGCCCAAGUCGCGUACCGUCGGUUCGGGACCAGUUCAGCGUGGACAUAUCAGCAGUCCUCUUCUCCAGCGUCCUGGCUCGAGCAAUACCUACCAACCUACUGUCGAGGACCACAGCGAUUCGCCUACCCCCCGUCGUCGGGACCAUGGAAGCUCGGCCACUCAUACCAACAAAGCACUGCCGCCUACACCCACGCCAUCUGAGCUGGACAGGUCUUGGCAGUCUAUGGGCGGAUCCAAGGCGUCUCAAGGUGAGAAGGCAGCCUCGACCCCCAUGAAGCCGGCAUCAGGUCUCCUGCGUACCCCUCGUCCAGGCUCGAGCCUACGACGGAGCCAGACAGUCCGCGGUGAGGCCGAUGGCUCUGAUGAUAUCGAUGGACCGAGUCUCUACGAUGACUUCAAUCCCCCGUUCGCCUCUCAUAGUCCACAAGGUCCUAGUCCCGUUGCUCCGCGAACUGCGCGCAACCAAGGAGGUGAUCAGCCGACUAGGGAUCAGACCAAAGUCGACCGUCAAGAUACUACUGAGCACGCUCUCCCCGAGAACAACAUCUCCGCCGAUGAGAAUGCCGACGAGUCUACCUUCAUUCCCCUGGUCAGUUCAUCUGACCACGGCAUGGACGACAACACCGAGGUCCCACGUAUCGAGUUCAGCUUCGAUGAAGGGGAUACCAUCAGGCAGGUUCCUCAGGUUCCCGUCCUCGCUCCCGUUGCCUCUGCCCGUAGCACAUCAGAUGAGACCGGUGGUCAGAAGAAGAAGGAAGAUACCAGCAUGACUGACGUGUCUGGGGAUGGAGAAGAUGGCGUCAAGGUCGACGAUGGCGCCAAGAUCGACGAUGGCGUUAAGGCCGAGGAUCGCAUGGAGGAAUAA